AUGAAGCGAAUACUCAUAAUGUUUACUUUAAUUGUUCUAAUACAAUACAGUGAGGGCCGGUAUACUGACUGGCUACCAAACAGUCUUGUUGAUACAUUCACAAAUAGAACGGCUCGUAUUACCAAUUACGUGCGCUCAAAAGGAGCUCGUCUUAAACAAUUUUACGUCGAUAAUGUGCGUAAUAAGAUAACCUCUUAUUUCGGCAUGAGAAAUAAACCAGAACCUGAACAAGUGCUAGAAGAUCGUCAAGUAAGGAUGAGAAGGAAGUUCGAAGGAUACGUUGAUAGUGCACAGGCUAACGGACAAAAUAUAUUUGAUGUUAUCGCUCCCGAUGUACUGGAAUUCGCGUGUAAUGAUAAGGACCCUAGUAUCCAAAUGACAACUCCUCAAUUGAUAGCGUUACACGGAUACGUUUCUGAAUCACACACUAUCGUGACAGAAGACGGUUACAUUCUCACAGUUCACAGGAUACCGUAUUCACGGAUCAGUAAAAGCCGUACUAUUCCUCGAAAAACGGUACUUUUGCAUCAUGGUAUUCUCGGCAGUUCAGCUGAUUGGGUCAUGUCAGGUACAGAAAAAGGUCUUGCAUAUAUAUUAUCAAAUGCUGGUUACGACGUGUGGUUGGCAAACGUUCGAGGGAAUACGUAUUCCAGAGCGCAUGUAACUAUUAACCCAGACACCUUCAAAUUUUGGAAUUUCACCUUCCAUGAAGUAAGCCAGUAUGACCUACCAGCAGUUAUUGACUAUAUAAUGGAAACAAAAGGAUGGGAUGUUAAAAUCAACUAUAUUGGACAUUCAAUGGGCACGACAAUUUUGUUCGCUUUACUUUCCACGAAAACUCAAUAUAACAAAGUUUUAAGAGCAGGCUUUGCUCUAGCGCCUGUAGCCUUUAUGAGCGAUAUUAAAAGCCCUAUUCGACUUCUUGCAAAAUUUAGUAACAAUUUAGAAUAUAUACUAAAACUUCUUGGCGUUAAUGAAUUUUUACCCCAAAAUGCUGUCUUAAGGUGGUUGUCAAAGCAUGCGUGUGAAGUUAACCACUACGAGGAAGCAAUAUGUGAAAAUUCAAUGUUUAUAUUGUGUGGAUUUGAUGCAAAACAGUUUAAUCGAAGCUUGCUGCCUAUAAUACUAGGUCAUGUGCCUGCUGGAGCUUCUACUAGGACCUUAGUGCAUUACGCUCAAGAGAUUCGUAAUGGUGGACGGUUCCAGCAAUUUGAUUACGGCCCUGAAGAAAAUGUUAAAAUAUACGGAACUACUGCUCCCCCAGAGUAUCCUUUACAUAAAAUAACUUUGCCAAUAGCUUUAUUUGGAGCGGAAAACGAUUGGUUAGCAAGUGAUGUCGAUGUGACAAGUUUAUAUGUGCAGCUCUCAAACCCAAUAGAACAUUAUAUCGUGCCGUUUAAAGAAUUCAAUCACAUAGACUUUCUAUGGGGGACUGAUGCACCGAAGUUAGUUUAUGCGAAAUUGUUACAAUUAUUAGAAGAGGGGCUCUCACAAUCUGUGUAUAAUACGAACAUAGAUAAAGAAAAUUAUAAAGGUGUAGAUUUAUUAUCAUUCAACGUGGAACGUAAUAUGGAUGUACAUAAUAUUUUA